AGGCCGCGCCCCGCAGAGCCUCUCCAGCUACCGGUGUCGGGUCCCACACAGGUGGGAGGAGGGGAAACGCUCAACUUCCUGAAUUUCAGACAUCUUUUUACUCUGUACAAUGGAUGAACAGUCACAGAGCAUGCAAGGGCCACCAGUUCCACAGUUUCAACCACAGAAGGCGUUACGGCCUGAUAUGGGCUAUAACACAUUAGCCAACUUUCGAAUAGAAAAGAAGAUUGGCCGUGGACAAUUCAGUGAAGUUUACAGAGCAGCCUGUCUCUUGGAUGCAGUACCAGUGGCUUUAAAAAAGGUGCAGAUAUUUGAUUUAAUGGAUGCCAAGGCUCGUGCUGACUGCAUCAAAGAAAUAGAUCUCCUUAAACAACUGAACCAUCCAAAUGUAAUUAAAUAUUAUGCUUCUUUCAUUGAAGACAAUGAACUAAACAUAGUUCUGGAGUUAGCAGAUGCUGGCGAUCUCUCUAGAAUGAUAAAGCAUUUUAAGAAACAAAAAAGAUUGAUUCCUGAAAGGACAGUUUGGAAGUACUUUGUUCAACUCUGCAGUGCAUUGGAACAUAUGCAUUCCCGGCGAGUUAUGCAUAGAGAUAUAAAACCAGCUAAUGUAUUCAUUACAGCCACAGGAGUAGUAAAACUUGGAGAUCUUGGACUGGGCCGAUUUUUCAGCUCUAAAACCACAGCUGCACAUUCUUUAGUGGGUACACCUUACUACAUGUCUCCAGAAAGGAUACAUGAAAAUGGAUACAACUUCAAAUCUGACAUCUGGUCUCUUGGCUGUCUGCUCUAUGAGAUGGCUGCAUUGCAGAGUCCCUUCUAUGGAGACAAAAUGAAUUUGUAUUCUCUAUGUAAGAAGAUAGAACAAUGUGACUACCCACCUCUUCCUUCAGAUCACUAUUCAGAGGAACCUUGGGGCAUGAAGAAAUAUGUUCAAGAGUAUGGAGGUUGCCAGUGAAAGUGGAAAGAAGUGGAAAAUUGGAAUUAAAGGGCCCAUCAGGAGGUGAACUUGGUAUGAGUAAAUAGAAUGGUUAAAGUUUGAGAACUGGAAGAAAGUAAAUGGAGAGGAAUGAUAAUAAACCAUAGAACUUAAUGGAAGGUUAAAAUUUGCUUCAGAAAGUAUUGGCAAAACAUUUUUCAGUGUAUUCUUUUUUGAAGAAGUAGAUUAUAUUGUAACAUGAGAGGAAUAUAGUCUUUCUUUAUCUUUGCCUGUUUUGAAAUGUCUUACAUCUCCAUUCAGAUAUCACCUCCAUGAAUCCUUUUCUCAUUGCACUACUCAAAAGCAUUUUUUGCCUUCUGCAAAAUUUCUUAUUGUACUUUAUUUGGCUCUCCCUCACCCCAUCUCAUUCUGCUCUUUAUUAUACUUAUUUGCAUAAAUAUAUCCAUUUUCCUCCUCUAUUCAUUGAAUUGUAAGUACCUAAAGAUGUCAGGAACAGUAUUUUUCAUCUUUGUAUCCUAGCACCAAGCUCAGUGCCUAGUACUUAAUAAAUAAUUGAUUAAUUAUUCAACAAUUAAAAUUAAUUGAGAGGAAGUUUUAUAUUUUUUGUAGUAACUUUAAAUUGAUUAAAACAGAGAUAAGCAUCUUAUGUAGAAUUUUAUAUUUACAAUAUACUUUUCCUAUAAUUAUUUAUCUUUACAAAAUUACUUCUAAUUUGCACAGAAUUAUUUGUCCUAUUUUUUCAUAAAAGAGUAAAGCUUAGUGAUUUUAUUUAAUAGUUAGAUCAAAGCAUUAUUACUUAGAUUAGAUUUUGAGAAUUUGGUAUUCAGUCACAAUAUGUCAUCUAUACAAAUUUGGGCUUUAUACUCCAUAUAGCCCCACAAUCAUAAAGAAAAUAAUAUUAAUUCUCUAAUUAUUUAGAUAUACUCAUUUCCCCAAAAUAAAUUAACGUAUAAAAAGGCUAUUUCUAUUUUAUUUCUAAUAGUUAACAUGUAAAGGUUCAAAAAGUUUAAUCUUAAAAUAAAUAUUCAAUAACUUAGGGAAGUGAUUUUCUUCUGAUCAGUGUUGUUUGUAAUUACAUUAUUGCCAUUUUAACCAUCUCUCUCUAUAUAUAUAUUGAAUAAGUAAUAAUACUAGUAUUCUACUAUAACAGUAGUGUCAUCAUAAUGGCUGAUUUUUAUAGAAUGCUUUAAAAUUAUUAAAGCAUAUAUUGCCUUGUUUGAACCUCACAAAAAUCCUUUAAAGUACAUACUCUGGUUUUUAUUAUAUCCAUUUUGUAAAUGAGUAAAUUGAAACUAAGAGAGAUUGAUUGACUUACCCUAUGAUUAUAUCAUUAACAAUUACCAGCCCUUUCUAUGUUCAAGACCAGUACCCAACUAAGCAAAUUCAUACUGCCUCCCAAUUAUACUUAUACUAUUUACAUUAUUGUUUAUAUGGAGAUUGUCAUAACUAAUACUUCAUUUAACAUAUUUUUGUGAUCAUACUAAAUUUCUUUUAGUAAGGAUAUGCCUUCAUAUUUUCUACCUUCUAGUAAUUAAAUAGUUUUCUGUGAUAAUAAAUAUCUUUGGGGAGAUGGAAAUCUAAAAGUUAUGCAUAUGAUAUUGUAAGUACCUUAAGGGUCAAGAGCUAUUUAUCAUUUUUCUUUUUUGCAUCCUGAAAACAUAUUAAAGGCUUUGCACAUAGUAAGUGCUUCAAAGCUAAGUACUUUCUUGAGUCGAUUUAGAAGAAUGAAAAUUUGUUUUGUAUUUUUGUUGAAAUAAUUCAAUUCAAUGUGAGUAUGUAAAAUCAGCAGCAUUUUUAGUUUUAUGCUAUGUAGUGAAAAUCUUUGGACUCUCCUAAUGUUUAACCUAAUGCAAAUUAUGUAAAACAGCCGCCUGUUCUGUGGCUCAAUUGUAGAGAGUAAGACAUUCCAUAUAUAUUAUAUAUAUAGGCCAUAUUUCCUAAAUUUUAUGCAAAGUAUUAGUAUGUACAAAUUCUGAGAGCAGCCUUCAAUAAACAUGUUUUUUAAAGAUAAUGAAAAUAAAAGAGCAGUAAUUAUAAGUAAAACAACUUAAUUUGCAUUCACAAGAAUUUUUUUUUUUUAAAUCAUCUGACAGCAAUUUUUUAGAAUGCAGUAGUAAUUGAAAAAUAAAUAAACUUUGCCAACUUUGGCCUGACUUUUAUUACUGAAUUAAAUUGAUGAAAUAACUAUAUACAAUUUAUCAUGGCCAAGAAAAAUAUUUUUCAUAACUACCUUAUGAUUAAACCUUGUAUUCAUUUAAUGCAUUUUACUUUUCAAAUCUCUUAUUUUUUUAUUUUCAUUUAUCUGUCUAUUUAUUCAUAGCAUUUGUCUUAUCUCAUGCUGUUAGUGCUUGAAUGAAAAUACAGGUAGUAUUAGCCUCUUUUGGCAAUUGAAGAAAGUGAUCCUGGGAAGGAUAUAUAUAUAUAUAAACAAAUUGCCUAUAGUGACAAUUUUUCUGUCAUUGGAGAGAUUAUACAGUUGAGGUCCCUAUCAAGUGAUCUUUCCACCAUUGCAAAUAUUCUAUAGUUAUUUCUUAGACUUAUUUUUCAAAUAAACUUCUUUUAUUCCCUUGUUAUUUCUCAGUUUUCCUCUUCUUAGUUCCUGCUCACUCUAUAUAUUAGCAAAAAUUACCAAAAAUACAUCUCAAAUUAUCUUAGUUUUGCUUUCUUUGCUCUGUAUCAGUUCAUACAAGUCUUUUUUUUUAAAUUAUGUGUCUCUGAAUCUCUCAUUCAUCAUUUUUAUGGUAUAAUAAAAUUCACUGUCUUCAUAUUGCUAGACGUUUUUAGCCAUUCCUUACUGGGUACUUACUUCAUUUCCAGGAUUUUGCUGCUAAUAAGAAAGUGCUACUGUGCAUGUUUUCAUAUUUGUGGGAUUUUUUUCCUUUUGUUUUUGUCUUUUGGGAGCUAUAUACUUAGCCAUUAUAAUGUGGAGCAAAAGAUUUGAACAGUUAAUAACUGGCUUCACUGAUUUGUUCAUGCAAAAUAUAUGAUUAAAAUUCUUUAGAAUAGUGAUAUAGAUUGAAUCUGUGAUUUUAGUGACAAGGGUACUCCCUCUCCCAAAACAGGUUGUUAACUUUUCUGUAAUUUAGAAGUCUAGAAAGUAACUGGAGCACAAAUUGUUUAUAUGACUUAUUUAAGGGCACUAAACCUGAUCUGGCUUCAGGGCCAAGUGUGUCCUCUAUUCUGCCUCUAUCAAAGUUCUGUAGUUUAUCAUUUUAUGAUACUUUUCCUCCCUUGUUUAAGAAUUCUCCAUUAGUUGCAGUUCUCUUUCUUUUCUUUCUUUUUUAAAAACUUAGCUUGUAUAUCCAUUUGGAGUUUACUGUGUUAUGUGUCAGAUGCUGUUUAAUAGAUAGAUAUAGAUAUAGAUAUAGAUAUAGAUAUAGAUAUAGAUAUAGAUAUAGAUUUAGAUAUAGAUUUAGAUAUAGAUUUAGAUAGAUAUAUAGAUAGAUACACACACUAUAUAUGUUGCCAUACCACAUUUAGUUUUUCACAGAAAUUCUUGUCAGAUAACAAGUCCUUCCCUGGUAAUAAUUUAUGAAAUACUGGGUUGCCAUGUUUGAUUGCUUUCAGGUUUUUAUUUUUCUCAUCUCUUUUAUUGAAAUAAUCUUUAAGAAAGAUUGUCCAUCAAUUUUUCUCUCAUUUAAGAUCUGAUAGGUCUCCUUCAUUUCCUUUGAGAUUCUAUACACUAUUUUGUAUUUUGUAAUAAAUUUAUCCAAGUAGCUCCUUUAUAAUUUGUUUGGUGUGGACCUAAAUAGACCUUAAUAGGGGAAGUAGUAGCUGCCAUAAUUCUGGGACAUAAUGUUACACAGAAGAAGGAGAUACUGAUUAUACAGUCACACCUGAAUUCAGAUUCUGCCUCUGCCAUAGUGUGAACUGGGGAAACUUACUUAACUUUUCUUGGUCCUCAGUUCUCUUAUAAAAUUUAAAGAUUGGAUUAGGAAACUUCUGAGGUUUCGAAGUCAAGUCCAUGAUCUUAUGAUCACUUCACCUCAAGUACAUCACAUAAGGAAAAAAUAGUCACAGUCACAAAGUGGGAAAAAUAAUUUACCAUAAAGAAUUUUUUUUCAAGAAUUUCAGUAAAUAAAAGAAUAAGGGAAUUGCUAAGUAUAUUAAAGUAAUAGCCAACUGACUAUCCAUACACAAUGAUGUGUUGUUUUCUUUAAUAGAAGACAUUUCUUCAUUGUAAUAAGCAUGGUAGAGAAAGGGAAAUAGGAUGUAAACUACAUGAGAUCAAGGAGUGAGUUUUGAUUUGGUAUCCCUAGCAUUUAUGGCAAUACCUUUGCAAGUAACAAGUUUGUUGAAUUGAGUUGCUUGAGUGCUGGCCUUAGAGUCUCAAAGACUCAUCUUCCUGAGUUUAAAUCUCGCAUUGCACACUUUUAGCUGUGUGACCC